GCAAAGGGUCAGAGUCAAUUUUAGGGCCAAGUAAAUACUGUGUGCUGUGACAUAGUCCUCUGUGGACUUUUUAGAUGGAGAGAAGACCUAAUCCUUACCUCUAGAGCCAUCGAAGCCUACAAAAUUUCAGAAUGAAUUCCCAAUGCCAAGCAGUUUAUUUUCUUUUCUUCUUUGCUACGGUGACUAGUGAUUGUGUGACUUGGUUUUAUGAAAACACCUUCUUUAAAGGAGGAGAUGUGGAUGCGGUAUACACCCCAACUGCUGAGCACUGCCAGAAAGUGUGCACCUUCCACCCCAGGUGUAUACUGUUUAGUUUUCUACCUGCAAACUCCAUUAAUGAUGAAAACAAAAGGUUUGGUUGCUACUUAAAAGACAGUCCUACUGGAACUCUUUCAAGAAUGACGAGGACAAAUGCAAUUUCUGGGCAUUCUUUAAAACAAUGUAUUUAUCAAAAUUGUGCUUGUAACAAGGAAACAUAUGAAGGACUUGAUAUGAGAGGGGUGAAUUUAAAUGUAACCAAGGUGAACACUGUUGAAGAAUGUAAAAAACAAUGUACAAACCACGCUCUUUGCCAAUUUUACACAUAUGCCACACAGACAUUCCACAGACCAGAGUUUCGAAAUACAUGUCUGCUGAAGCACAGCCAGUCAGGGAGCCCCACCGCUAUCAAGAUGUUGGAUGGUGUGGUGUCAGGAUUCUCUCUGAAGCCCUGUGGACUUUCUGAUAUAGGUUGCACAAUGAAUAUUUUUCAAGAUAUGUCAUUUUCUGGUAAAGAUCUUGGCAGAGUGAUUGCUCCAGAUCAUUUCGUAUGCCGUACUAUUUGCACCUAUCAUCCAAAUUGCUUAUUUUUUACAUUCUAUACAAAUACAUGGCAUAUAGAAUCACAAAGAAAUAUGUGUUUUCUGAAGACAUCAGACAGUGGAAAACCAAGCUCUGAAAUACCACAGGACAAUGCCAUGUCAGGAUAUAGUUUUCUGAACUGCAGAGAUUGGCAGGAUCUAUGCCAUAUCCGAAUGCAUUCUGGUAUGGACUUUGAAGGGGAGGUGUUGGAAGUUGUCUAUGUUCAAGAUGCUCAGGCUUGUCAAGAAAAGUGUACCAGUAAAAUCCGCUGUCAGUUUUUCACAUAUACACCCCACCAAGGAGAAUGCAAGGAAGACAAGUGUAAAUGUUCCUUAAAAAUAUCUUCAGAUGGUUCCCCAAAUAGAAUAAUAUAUGGGACAGAAAGUACCUCUGGCUAUACUUUAAGAUUGUGUAAAAAGCUAAGCAACUUUGUCUGCACAGAAAUACAAAAUAAGAGGGUUGUUGGAGGCAGUACAUCUUCUCCAAAAGAGUGGCCAUGGCAAGCUUCCUUACAAGUUAAACUGAAAACACAGAGUCAUGUAUGUGGAGGCUCAAUCAUUGGGAAACAGUGGAUCUUAACAGCUGCUCAUUGCUUUGAUGACUUAUCAUCACCUGAUAUUUGGAGAAUUUAUACUGGCAUUUUAAAUCAGUCGGAAAUACAGGCAAAUACAUCUUUCUCCAGGAUUGAAAAGAUUUUUAUCCACCCUCAAUAUGAAAUUUCAGAAACAAGACAUGAUAUUGCCUUAAUCAAGCUUGAAACUCCCAUAGAGUUCACUGCUUUUCAAGGACCUAUCUGCUUGCCUUCAGAAGACAGAGGCACGACUUACACAAACUGCUGGGUGACUGGAUGGGGCUUCACCCAGGAGAAAGGGGAAAUCCAAAAUACUCUCCAGAAGGUCAGAAUUCCCUUAGUCCCCACUGAAGAAUGCCGGAAAAAAUACAUUCAGUAUAAAAUAACUGAUCAGAUGAUCUGUGCCGGCUAUAAAGAAGGAGGUAAAGAUGCUUGUAAGGGAGAUUCAGGUGGCCCCCUGUCUUGUAAUAACAAAGGAUCAUGGCAACUUGUUGGUAUCACCAGCUGGGGAGAUGGUUGUGCUAAAAAGGAUCACCCCGGCGUUUAUACCAAAGUGGCUGCAUACCUGUACUGGAUUUUACACAUCAUGGAAAACUGACCAACUUUCCUUGAUGGAAACUGGCUGCUUGUGAAGGGCUAUAGGUGCCAAGCAUAAUCUGGAAACAUUCUGACUCUCAUGUGCAAAAAUGUUAGAAGCAGCUCUUUUUGUGAUGGCAAAGAAUUAGAAAAUGAGUAGAUGCCCCUUAAU